AUGCUUGUACAAAACAGAGAUUUAAGCGGUUCCGAUAUUGCCGCCAAGAGGCAGUAUGGUGGUGGCGAAAGUAUAACAGGAGCAAAUAAUGAUGCUGGAAAUGAUGUGAGUGAUGAAGGGAAUGUAACAGAUGACUUGGUUAAUAAAACAGAAAAUUUGGCUUUAAAUGAAGGGGGAAUUGGGGAAGACGGAGUUAAAGAUGGACAAGAUCAACCCCAUACCGAGAGACAAUAUGAGACAAAUAAACAUGACAGUAAAUACAGUACUUUUGAAGGAUAUGUGGGAGAGCAUGGUCGGAUAGAUGACGAACUGUCUAAGGGGUCUGGGGAUGAAGAAUUCUUACAGUCCUUAAAUAAUUGCAUGUUUAAGGAAACUGGAGAUCAGUCAGAUAAUUUUCCGUUGAAAAUCUGCGUUUGCGACGGGGACAAAGAUGAGGCAAAUGAGUGUAUUGAGGACGAUAGUUUCAAGUUCACUAGGGAGCUGGGAAUUUCGUUCACCAAUAAAGGGGAUGCAGACCGUGUGGUUACAAAAUUGUUGGACUGCGGAAUUGAGGUUACAUUUAACUACGCAGAUUUUAUUUCGCAUCCGGGGAACUUGUUCAUCAAAAACCUCUCCGACGAGCUUAUUAAUUACGAUGCGCUUUUUGAAUACUUUCAAAAGAAUAGCAGAUAUCAUUCUCUUGUAGACAUCAACAUUUUCAAUAGUGUUGAAGAUGAUAUAUUUGCAAUCUUGAAAUUUCUGAAUUACCUCGAUGUUGAUCAUAUUUUGAAGAAUCUUGAUGCUAGUAAGAACCCUUUCAAUGUAAACGAGAAUGUACCGAUUUAUAUGAACAAGUAUAUUAGCAAGAAGGAAAGAAAGUUGAAAUAUACCGAGAAUUCGGCACUUUCUGAGAAUAUUAAUAAUUAUAAUACAAUUGUUAUGGAGAACUUGAGUGAUUUCUUGAACAGCUACAAUCCUGAUAUGUCGAUGAUUGAAACGUUCUUAUCCAAAUUUGAAAUAUUUAAUAAGAUUGAAAGCAUAUAUUUCCCAAUUGUUCAAACGACUGAUAACAACUUCAGCCUCUUGAAUUUUGGGUUUAUUAAUUUCGAGGUAAAUGAGAAUUUGAAUAUUAAUGUGUUGAAGUGUUUGUACUAUCUUAAUGACUUGUCUUUUACAGAUUUCAUGAAGUUUGGCCCAGAUGAUGCAUAUAAUAUAGAGCAGGACUUAUGUAAGUCUGAUCUUUUGCCAUCGGCUGAUCACAUCAAUCUCAGAGUUUCAAUUGGACAACAUAAACAUAAUCAUUAUUUAUACCAAUGUCAGACAAAUCAAUUAUUAUGUUUGCAAAAUAACAAACUAUUGUUGAAGUAUCUUGAUAUUUCGUUCUAUAACAUUUUGUUAAAUUCAUUCUCCAAAUUUGUCAAUUACCAAGAGACAAACAUUUAUGUCAAUAACCUACCUGUUAUAUUCGAAAAUGACGAUCGCUUGUGGGAGAAAUUUUGGUUGCAAUUCGGUAAUUGCAUCAAAUCAGCUAAAAUUAUUAAGCCCCAGUUUUAUUCCAAGAAGAAUGAAGUUGAAUUAGGAAAGAUUGGUUUUGUCUUUUAUAAAGAUUUCAAGAUGGCAUUGAGAGCAAUAUUAUUAACUAACAACAAAUUAAUAAGCUUUGGGAAUUUUAAGAAAGUUUUUGUUCAAACAUCGUUUGCGAUAUAA